AUGUCGACUGUUUUUCCUCCAGAAAACAAUAUAUCACUCUUGUUGGAAAACGAAUUGCAAAUCCAACCCAAAGGCAUCAUAUUUUAUUAUCUGCUUCUCAAUCUAAAUACUGCAGAAUAUUUUGACAUAAAACGUUAUUUCAAUUUGGAAUUAGAUUCGCCAUGUCUAAACCACCCCACACUUUAUUUCGACACGCUGAAGACUAAAAAAAGAUUUGCUGUCAAUUUGCAAAUAAAUAAAAGAGAAAUACGAAAACACUUCUGUCACCAAAAUUCCCAAAUGGGAAUUCCAUUGUAUAAUGAUGACAAUAAGUGA